GAAAAAUAAGAAUCACCAGAGUCAAUAUAGCCUAUCGUGAAACUACGAUAUAAACUGUUAAAACCUUAACGGCGCACGUACAGAAAUGAAAUUUAAUAAACUUGAAAUAAUUAUGUCGGUACAGCUGAAAUGCAGUAGCGUGUUGGGUGUUUAAAAAAUUCGCCAUUCGCUCGUAUUCUCGUUCGAUAAAUUGACAGCUCGAGACCCGAGGCGCUGACUUCAUGCACUCUGUAGCACAGUUUGCAACAAGGGCUUUGUUUUUCUACGAAAAUUUCGGUGCAGUCUUACUUAUUAUUACACGUAAUCGAACCCUUGUGACACAGAGUGUCCGUAUAUACAUAUAUUUACAACGUCAUAUACCAUAUAUUAGCUCUAGUCCGUGUUAACGAGUUAGUUAAUCCAACGAAGAUAACGAUUAACGCUGAAUAAUAAACGUUUUAACAAGUGCGUGCUCUCUAAGCAUUUCCUCGUAUACGCUGUCACUCUUAGGUAGUUGUCAUCGACCGCGAUAUUAUCGUUCUCCUUGAUUUUCGCCACUAUUAGCCAUCGCGAAUUAUUGCCACAACGAACAUAACUACAUUUCCCACGUUUUUCACAUGGAAAAAGUGACUCGGUGCUAGAUGGUAGAGGUUAAAAGAAUAUCGUUUGGGGUUGGGUGUGAGUCGAGGUCGGACCAGAUUUCAUCUGUCAAAGGAUAACGAGGUACAGCCGCCACGGCUUUCACAGAGAUGGUCGGACUUGCGGGUGGGGGAGGACAUCUCUAUCCUUCGCCGAUGCCCCCUAAUCCUGAGCUCAGGGAAAUGACUGGCAUCGCUCCCAGCGCACCUACCAGUGCCGACGCGUGUCUCAGCAUAGUCCAUUCCUUGAUGUGUCACCGUCAGGGAGGAGAGAGCGAAGGAUUUAGCAAGCGUGCCAUAGAGUCACUGGUGAAAAAGCUGAAGGAGAAACGUGACGAGUUGGACAGCUUGAUAACAGCCAUUACAACCAAUGGAGCGCAUCCUAGUAAAUGUGUAACAAUUCAACGCACAUUGGAUGGGCGAUUGCAGGUAGCGGGAAGAAAAGGCUUUCCUCAUGUUAUUUAUGCAAGAAUUUGGCGUUGGCCCGAUCUCCACAAGAACGAGCUGAAGCACGUCAAGUACUGUCAAUUCGCGUUUGAUCUCAAGUGCGAUUCAGUAUGUGUCAAUCCUUACCAUUAUGAAAGGGUUGUUUCACCUGGCAUAGACCCGUUCUUUACAGACCUGUCUGGGCUCACCCUCCAGUCCGGAGUCGGCGUCGGUCCUGGUGGCCGCCUAGUCAAAGAUGAGUACACCGUGGGAGGUGGCGGAGGCGGAGGAGCAGGAACAGGCAUGGACGUCGACGGUGAGAUCAACCAAACCAUUCAGCAUCAUCCACCACCGCCACCUCCGCCACCCAACAAUCCACAACCUCCUCAGCAGGCCUUCAUUCCUGGUUUACCAUCAUCUAAUCCAGUCGGAGGUGAGGGCAUGUUCAGUGGGGGCGGGAGUGCGGGUGGUGGAAACCCACAAACUAAACUGGAAGAGAACAAUUGUCCUCGACAAACGUGGAUACCCACGCCACACCACCCUGCAACUCGUAACAUGCACCAUCCUGUUGUUCACCCCAUUGGCCACUCAGUAGGAAAUCAACAACAGACGUUAAAUCCGACUGGAAGCUCUGGUACUAAUACUCAGAUUCUAAAUCCUCCCCAAGGACAGUCAAGUGAACCAUUUUAUGGUGCAGCCACAUCCCCUCAAGAUCUUAAUCAGCCCGCAACCAGCGUGGAUGCAUUGACUGCAUCUCUUGGCGGUGGACAGAGUUCACCGGUAUCCCCAGUUCAUAUGCAUCACCAAAAUGGUUUUGCAGUGGCAACUGUUGCAAACCCUUACAACACCGGAGCUCCCCAAUGGACUGGUGCCAACACAUUAACUUAUACUCAGAGUAUGCAGCCACCAGAUCAUCGUCAUCUACACGCAACAUCAUACUGGGGUACGGGGCACGGAGGUGAUGUAGGCGGAAGCCUAGGAGGCCUAUUAUCCACACAACCAGCCCCGGAAUACUGGUGCUCAGUAGGCUAUUUUGAAUUGGAUGCUCAGGUUGGUGAGACUUUCAAAGUUAGCAGUGGAUGUCCCACAGUAACAGUGGAUGGCUAUGUUGAUCCCAGUGGAGGAAAUCGAUUUUGUCUCGGAGCCUUGAGCAAUGUUCAUCGUACCGAACAAAGUGAGCGUGCUCGCCUUCACAUUGGUAAAGGAGUGGUGCUUGACUUACGGGGUGAAGGCGAUGUUUGGCUCCGUUGCCAAAGUGAACAUAGUGUGUUUGUUCAAUCCUACUACUUAGACAGAGAGGCUGGACGAGCACCUGGAGAUGCUGUUCAUAAAAUUUAUCCUUCUGCUUAUAUCAAGGUAUUUGACCUACGUCAGUGUCAUAAGCAAAUGCGAGGUCAGGCUGCCACUGCUCAAGCCGCAGCAGCGGCACAGGCGGCUGCAGUCGCUGGUCAUCUGACACAUGGGGCACCCAUCACCAAAAGUUUAAGCGCAGCAGCUGGCAUUGGCGUGGAUGACUUGAGACGACUUUGCAUUUUACGUUUAAGUUUCGUCAAAGGUUGGGGACCAGAUUAUCCUCGACAGAGCAUAAAGGAGACCCCUUGUUGGAUCGAGGUUCAUCUGCAUCGAGCACUGCAGCUUCUGGAUGAGGUAUUGCAUACCAUGCCGAUCGAUGGACCACGCGGUAUUGAGUAACUAGUUGUCAACAGUUUCAACUGAUUCAGAUGGUGAAGUCCGCCAUGUGGGAUGCCCGGUGAAAAAACAUUUUCUCAAAUUCCAGUGAAUAUCUAUUAAGGAACUGAAUGAGUAACAGUAAAAUAUAAGUCUUAGGUUUUACAAAAUUAUCAUUUUCGCCAAACGGCAAAAUGUUAUACCCUAUUUUGAAAUAUUGAUCGAAAUUAUACGUUGUACAAAUACAAAGCGAUAAGUAGAUUGCUGUGUACAGAAACUGAAUAUCGGCAUCUUUGCUGUUGUGCAAUACGAAAUUUUAUUUUUUGAACAUCCAAAUUAGAGUUGUAUUAAGGAUUGAAAAGAAAAUAUGUGAAAAUUUAGCAUAUUCUUGUAACUCGCUUUUGAGAAAUUUCAGUUUAGGGUUUGUAAUGACGUGAAAUGAUUCUGCUUUGAUGGAAAUACCAUAAUUAUAUCUUACGAAAUCGACGAAAUGUGAGAGACAGUCAUGUCGGUAGACUGUUACAUAACAGCUCAAUAGUAAUAAUAAAUUUUUUAAAUCAGUUUUGACUAAACUAACGGUAUACAAAUAAUUGAAGUCACCGAUAUGCAUACAUACAUUUUUAUUGUGAUCAAAAAAGUUAAUAUUGUUUAGUACUUGUGGUCAUUUGAAGUAUAACAAAGUAUGUUUCAAAAACACUAAAUUGAUUUUUUAUGAUAUAUAUACACGUUAGGGUAUUUAAAAAAAAAUAAUAAUA